UAAAUGUGUAUAUAAAUGUACAUGAGAUCUUAUGAUUGUGGUGAUCUUCACUUGUAUGCCAAUGUUAAUUUGUGGAUCUCUCAGGUUCUUGAUGUGCAUGCUUAUGAAGCUCGGCAAAGAGAGUAUGCUUUGGAAGGCCACAAGCAUUUUUACUUCAUGACAUUGAAUGGCAGUGAGAUUAUUGAUGCCUGUGCUAAAGGAAACCUGGGACGUUUCAUAAACCACAGUUGCAAUCCUAAUUGUCGUACGGAAAAGUGGAUGGUGAAUGGAGAAGUUUGUGUUGGACUGUUUGCUUUGAGGGAUAUUAUGCAGGGUGAAGAAGUUACAUUCGACUACAAUUACGUACGUGUGUUCGGGGCUGCUGUUAAAAAAUGUGUGUGUGGUUCAACUAACUGUCGGGGGUAUAUAGGCGGCGAUCCAUCAAAUGCUGAAGUAAUCGUUCAAGGUGAUUCUGAUGAAGAAUAUCCUGAACCUGUUAUGAUCUGUGAAGAUGGUGAGAUAGAUAAUGACUGGAAUGGCACAAUGACACAUUCCUCCAAUGACGAAGAAAUUACAGCUGCAAAGAAAGCACCAGAAAACAAAGAUAGAAUGAACCAACCAGAAUGUAUUGCUGGUCACUUGGAGAACAUUUCAGAAACACACACUUCUGAAACUUCAACAAGAAAUGAAGUUGAAAGUGUUGACCCUGCUUCUGGUGAUGGUUGCUUAAUGACUUCAAUGUGCCAGAGAUAUCCUUCUGUUCAACCCAUUGAUGUAUCCUUACAACCAGAUGAUCUUACAAAAGAAGCUAUAUCUGCAGUUGAGCACGAGUUUUCUACAACAGAAAGGAACACGACAAAUUCGCUGUUCUCUGCUCGUGAAAUUGAGAUGACUGCCCAUGCUGGACCGCCUAAAAAAUUGGUUAAAACUAGGAGGAAGUUAAAAUCUGGUACUGGUGGAAGAAGCGAAGAAUUUAUGGAGGAUAUUCUUCCAAAAUCUCUUCAUUCAUCAUCUACAGUAAAGAAGGGAAAGCUUAAAACUGAUGCUAUGACUGGCAAAAGAACUCCACAUGUGGAUAAGUCAAUUAUUGUACCCUACAAACCCAAAAGAUUACCAGAACUUUCCUUAAAUAGCCAUUUUGAAGCAGUUGAGGAGAAACUAAAUGAGUUGCUAGAUCCUGAAGGGGGAAUAAGCAAGCGAAAAGAUGCAUCAAGAGGUUACUUGAAGCUUCUUUUUCUUACUGCUGCUUCAGGGAAUAAUGGACAUGGUGAAGCCAUUCAAAGCAAUCGAGAUCUUUCAAUGAUCUUGGAUGCCAUCUUGAAGACAAAAUCACGGACUGUUCUAAUAGAUAUAAUUAACAAGAAUGGCUUGCAGAUGUUACACAACAUAAUGAAGAGGUACAGAAGGGAAUUCACUAAGACUCCUAUCCUGCGAAAGCUUCUUAAGGUGCUCGAGUAUCUGGCAAUGAGGGAAAUCCUUACUCUGGAGCACAUAAGUGGAGGUCCUGCAUGUCCUGGAGUGGAGAGCUUUAAGGAUUCAAUAUUGAUACUGACAGAACAUGCAGAUAAACAGGUCCAUCAUAUUGCACGGAACUUCCGGGAUAAGUGGAUUCCUAGGCAUAUGAGAAAAAAUGGCUGUAUGGACAGGGUUGCUGGGAGGAUGGAAUUUCAUCCUCGUUCUAGCUACACCAAGUUUUCUGCUGUACAUGAUCAUGGGAGUCAGAUAAAACCUUCUCAAGCAAUGGAGUGUUUUGAAAUGCAGUCCAUGCCUGAAUCUUGUACGGGCAACACUGGUGUUCCAGACGUCUCUGCCUCAGGUGAUAAUUGUGGAAACAGCGGCACAAAAAAGCGCAAGCGUAAAAGUAGAUGGGAUAAUCCAUUGGAGGCAUGCUCGACGCCCAACAUCAAUGGGGAUGGUCCUCCUGGGUUUCUGUCUCCGUGUAAUGAUCCUAUGCUCACAUGUGAUGCAUCUUUGACCUCUAUUGAUCACCAAGAAGGAACCAUGCACAUGAUGGGUCCGUUUGAUGUAGUAUUGGGUGAUUCACAGCAUAAAUUCAUUUCACGUCUUUCUGUCUCCUAUGGCGUUCCAUUUACUGUCAUAAAACAAUAUGGGGGCCAUGAAGCAGAAGCUUCCAAGGGUUGGGCUGUAGCUCCCGGUGUACCAUUCCACCCCUUUCCCCCGUUGCCUCCAUAUCCCCGUGACAGGAGGGUGCUACCAGCCUCUGCUGCUAAUUGUCCGUCACUGGGUCAACGUGCAGAGAAAGCAGAAGUUGGUUUUGAUCAUUGUACUGAUCAUUCAGAUGAAAGCCAUACAAGGAAACCCAGAUUUGACUCGCCGGAUAUGAACAUUUCAGAUGCAAAUGACAGAUAUGAUUUUCAGCAGGGAGGGAGUUCCUAUAACUUGGGGAGGAAUUACUUUAGGCAGCAGAAGUGGAAUCACUCGAAGUUAGCACCGCCAUGGGUCCGGAAUAGAAAUGUUUGGUAAUGUACAGGGAACAGUCCUAGCAAUGGCAUGCGAAAGAUAGGUUUAGGAAGUGGGACAAUUGGGAUACAUUUCAUGAGCAUUGACAUUGAUAACUUUAGAUUUUAUUCUAUAGGACGAUUUUCAAGGAGCUUUGAAAAUUUGAAUGCUCCGUUUGAAUGUACUACAUUCUUUGCUGCACAGUGUCACUACAAAUUAAAUAUUCUUUAAUCUGUUCAGUUUUAUCCUCAUUUAUAGGCU